AUGAAAAUAAAGUUAAAGAAAAAAAGAUUAUUGAACUUAAAAAAAAAAAAUAAAUUAAUGAAUUUUGUCUUGUUAAUACAACCCCUUAUUCUAUCCAUUCUUUUAACGAUCCAAGAAUUCUUUAGUUUCUUUAAACAAGACCCUCUAAAAAAUACACAAAUAAUAUUAAUGCUAACACUUUUCUUUUCUCUAUUUACUUUACAUCUCCCAAUGAUGGUAUUGUCACUGACUAUAUUUUUAUUUCUGAUUCAUCUACCAAAUUUAAAAGAAGACCAACCUUCAUUCAUCUCAUCUCCUUCUUCUUUAUGCAAAAUACUAUCUGAAAAGAUUACUCUUCAUCCAUUCCAACUUCCAGUGUCAAUAGGUUCAGGUGUUCAGCAAAUGUUAUAUGUUGGAAUUCGUUUUAGUGUUCCAUUGAAAUUUAACAGACAAAUUGUUGAUAGUUCAGAUGGUGGUUAUUUUGCUUUAGAUUGGUUAGACGAACCAGACUUACCAGAAGAUGCACCAAUUAUAUUAGUUUAUCAUGGUCUUGCUGGUGGUUCAAGAGAAUCGUAUGUUGAACGUUUUUGUUAUUAUGCAUCAAAAAAGAAUUAUCGAAUGUGUGUAUUUACUUGUCGUGGAUGUGCAGGAACAUUAAUUAAAACUCCUCGAGCAUAUUCGUCUACAAAUUUGGACGACUCAAUUACUUCGUUAAAA